AUGCGGCCCGACGCGGCCCGACGCAGCCCGACGCAGCCCGACCACCUCGUCGGCCAGACCUCCAUCACCGCAGCCAUCACCAGCGUCGCCGAGCGGGCGCUCUUUGCGCGCGACUCCAAGCGGCACCGGCAGAAGAGGGCGCACUGCUUGAAUCUAUUGCGCUCUGCUGAUUUUCUGGCUCUGCAGGAGACGCACAGCACGCUUGGGGCCGCGGCUGUGGCGAAGUUCCCGAACAGCAUCGCUACUUGGUGGUCCCAUGGGUCCCAAUCGAUCGGCGGAGUAGGGCUACUGGUCAAGACCGCGUUCUUGGACAAGUUCGGAGGUGCCUCUCGUGCUACCUGGGUGGAGACUACGCCAGGACGGGCGGCUAUCCUGAGAUUGGACGGUUCGACUGGCUCGCUGGACAUUGCCGUCUUGUACCUCCCUACUGGGCAUGCGUCCGAUGAGCGGGCGGCAAUCAGAGCCUCGGUGAUACGUGAUCUUCGGCCGCGCGACCGGGCUACUACUAUGCUGAUUGGGGAUUGGAAUUUUGUACGCGAGGCAAAUGACAGGCUUAACUUGUCCGAUGCUGAAUGGUCCCCCGGCUCCGACGUGGAGGAACACCGGGAUUGGGCCACUGCGCUCUUUGAGCCGCUCGGCUUCCACGAGGUUUUUCAACCGGAGUGCACCCAUCGGACUUCUUCGAGCACCUCGCGGUUGGACCGGGCAUACGUGAACACGCACAUCGCGGACCAGCUGUACCGGACCUGGACGUGCACGGCGCUUGACUGGUGCAGCAGACUUUCACACCACCGGCCGAUCGAGACCGCCAGGCGCACUCCGGGACAGGAGACCCCCAGAAGGCGGCCAAUCCCCACAGCUCCAUCGCGCUCGACGGGGUGGGCGGCCCGGGUGACGCUGCGCUGGCAAGACCUGCGUCGACGGGACAGCUUGCGCGACACAGCACACCGCCGGCUGCUGUUGCUCAAACGAGCAAUCGGCCAGAUAUGCAUGGAGGAGUCGGCUCGUGGAACUACCUCCUCCGAGGCGACCUCAGCGGAAGACCGCCUGAGCGUCGCUAUACGCUGCUUGCGGGCGGCCGAGGAGGGGAGACCACUGGCUGUGGAGCGGGCAGUGCGGGAUUUCCCGGACAUCGCACGCAGGCUAUCCAUCCCAGAGUUGCUCCGGGGAGCUCCAGCGGCCAUCGAGAGCCUCAAAGACAUCAUCCUCCAGCUCGCGAGGGACGAGAUCCGCCAAGAUGUCGCCAGGCUGCACAGCGAACUGCCUGGCAUGUCGGACGCUUCCGCGGCAGCUCACAGAGAAUCAAUCGCCAUGAAGAUUCGUCGCCUCAAACCGGGGGGCACCGCCCAGCUCCGUGCAAUCCGGAAGCCCGACGGCUCGGUGACCACGGACCCGGAGCAGAUCGCCGACGCCCUGGCCCAGCACUGGAGACUCGCAUUCGGCAGGCAAGAUAUCGACCAGGACGCCUUGUCAGAGUGGUUACGCGAGGCGGCGCCCACCUGGGAACGCAGCCCGCUGCCUCGGGGCAGCGAGUUCUGGCACACCACCAGGGCAGACAUUGCGUGGGCUGUCCGCACGGCGUCUAACUCUGCGCCUGGCCCGGAUGGAAUCCCGGCUUGUCUGUGGAAGCGUCUCGGGAGUUUGGCAGUGGACGCGCUGGAGGACGUGGCGACCUGCCUCCGGUCCGAUUCCGCAGUGCACGAUAUCAGAGAGGCGUACCAAGAUGAUCCGGACGGGACAUGCUCCUUCAACCUCGGCGUGGUCUGUUGCAUCCCGAAAAAAGCAGGGGACAUGGACCCAGUGUUAGGCGCAGUCCACCAAGCCGGAAACACGAGACCACUAUGCCUGGUGGACGUGUCGAAUCGGUUGCUCGCCUCGGCGUACAAACGGAGGUGGGAGCAGGGGCUCGGGCCGUGGGUCUCCGAACCCCAGCGCGGCUUCCUGCCUGGCCGCUCAAUGAUGCUGAACGUCAUCGAGCUUGAGGCGGGCGCUCUUCGGACCGCGGCCAAAUGUGCCCAGGGCAUGGUAGUGCUCGUGGAUUUCCGCGCCGCGUUCCCCAGCGUGGCGCACGACUUCCUGCGCGGGUGCUUGCGCGGCUACGGCGUGCCGGAGGAGGCCCUGGCUGCACUUCGAGCUUUCUACGCGGACGGGGCUUGCUCCAUCUCGGUCGCUGGCGGAUUAUGGAGCGGCUUUGCCGUUGGAUCGGGCAUCCGCCAAGGCUGUCCACUGUCGCCUCUGGUGUUUGCCGCCUGCAUGGAUCUACUCCUACGCGUGCUCCAGCUCCGGCUCGGCGGCGGGUGCUUCAUCCGCGCGUUCGCCGACGACGUGGGCAUCAUCUUGGACGACGUGCCCAAGCAACUGCCGAUCCUUGCUGCCGCGCUCGAAGAGUUCGGCCGCCUCUCGGGCAUGCAAGUCAAUCUGGAGAAGACAAUCGGCAUCCCACUGUGGGGUGACAGUUUGGAGGAAGCGCGUGCAGUGGUCAGCGAGGCUGCGCCGUCUUGGUCCCAGCUCCCCCUGUCCCGCGAGGCCACCUACCUCGGGUGCGCCAUCGGCCCAGGCAAGGUUGGCAAGGAGUGGGAUCGUGCAGCCGCGCGUUUCCAGGAUCGCGUGUCCGGGUGGCCGUGGCCGGAGUUGGGCCUGCACUUCGCCACAUUUGUCUACAAUGUGUACGCGCUCCCAGUGUUGAGCUUCACUGCCCAGAUUGCGGACGUGGACGUCGCUGUCGGCGAGCUGGAGAAGUGGGCCUUGCGACGAGCUGCUCCUGGCCCUGGAAACUGGGCAAUGCCGGAAGAUCUGUGGCAACUUGACCGGAACUUCGGCAUGCCGCAGGCUUUCGGGCAGCUGGCCACGCUGGCGCAGGCGGCGCAACUCCGCCUGGCUGCGUACGAGGAUCGGAGGCUCAACAGAACCAGCCUGGAGCGGAUGACGCUUGAGCUUCGAGCGGAGUGGAAUCAGUCGCAGUACAUGUUGCGCGUUGCGCGUUGGGCAGGCUGGCUGCACGCCUCCGCCCCCAGCGUCCUCGCGCGCAACGCGUGGCAACUCCACCGAAAGGGCAUCACGGCCGAACGAGUUGUCGCUGCGCUGACUGGACAGAGCCCUGAGGCGCUGCCGGCUGAGGCGUGGGAGCAGGCCCGGCAUUCGUUCCAGCGGGAGGUGCGCCGGCGGGUACACUCACUGCACCUGGACCGCAUCCAUAUGCGCGUCAGAGAUAAGCUGGAACGCUGGAAGUUCCCACGGGCGCCUGGGUUGCCAACGCCGCGGGUGCUUGCAGACAGAGUCCUUCAACAUGUCUGGGCGCUCGGGCGCCUGGUGCCGCCUCGA